UAGGUUAUCGUCGAGUUCGGCCUCUUGUCUCUAGUCUUCUUGGUGUUAUAUGUACUUCGUAGUCCCGAAUACGUCAUUUUUAUGAGUGAUAAAUAUAAAAGAUAAAGAUUUAUUUCGGCAUCUGUGCAUACCUCCACAAAACUGAACAAUACAUUUCAAUUGACAUAAUUCUAUUGUCGUUAUAUUUGACGAGAAGAAUACAACGGCACCAUUCGGAGAAAAAUGUCAAAGAUCGAGGAGGCAAAUGAGCAUAUACGACAGGCUGAAAAAGCCUUAAAACCUACUUUCUUGAAAUGGCGACCUGAUUAUGAGGUGGCAGCUGAUGAAUACUCACAUGCAGCAACAUGCUUUCGAAUAGCUAAGUCGUAUGUACAAUGCAAAGAUUGUUUGAAAAAGGCGGCUGACUGUUUCAAACAGACUAAAGCAUGGUUCCAUGCAGCAAAGAACAUUGAGCAGGCUCUGCUUAUUUGCAAGGAAAUGGGAGAUCUGUCAGAGGUACCAACGUUAGCUCACAGUGCCUGUAGCCUCUUUCAGCAGCAUGGUUCACCUGAGUCAGGUGUAACUGCUCUCGACAAAGCAGCCAAAAUGCUGGAAGCUACACAGCCCCAACAGGCUCUGCAAUUAUUUAAACGCGCGGCUGACAUAUUCAUGGGUGAGGACAGUCCACGGAGUGCGGCGGAAUAUUUGAGCAAAAUUGCGAGAUUGUUAGUGAAACUGCAGAUGUAUGACGAGGCAGCGGACGCGAUUCGCCGUGAGAUUGGCAUGUAUCAGGAAAUCAAGCACUGGCAAUCAAUUGGGAGACUAACCGUGGCACUGGUGUUGGUGCAGUUAGCACGGGGCGAUCAAGUGGCGGCUGAAAAAGCUUUCAAGGAAUGGGGAAACUACUGCGAGGCUCCCGAAGUGCAAACAUUGGAAAUGCUGCUGCAAGCAUAUGACAACGAGGACGCAGAUGCAGCUCGGGCGGCGCUUAAUAAUCCCUUUAUCAAGCACAUGGAUGUAGAAUAUGCAAAGCUGGCGCGAGGUUUGCCCUUACCGCAGCAAGAUAGUCCUUAUGUUAUCCAGCCUACUGGAAUAAGGGCCAAUGCCGCAGAAUCCUAUGUAUCUCCCAACGCAUCCAAAGUCAUGACACAAGCUUCUGUUGAAUCGGAAGAACAUAAUGAAAUUAAUAAAACUAACCAACCAGCAGAAAAAAUAACCGAAAAGAAGCCGGAAAGUGCAUCACAGUCGAAACCGGUGAAAAAAGCGGAGGAAGAGGACGAUUAUGAGGAAGGCCUGUAUCGAGUGAGACAGCAACUCAAUUUGCUGAUACGCAAUUUUGACUGUUUCAGCGAGGUGUGCAAGGCAUUGAAUAAGAACCGCGGUUUGUACGGUCGUUGGAACGAGUUGCAGGAUGUUGCAAUUAUAUCGCCGACCGGCGGUGGUGCGCCGGUGAGCGGCUCGGCAUCAGCGAUUUCGCGUACGGAUGAGCUUGACUGGACCACCACCGAAUUGCGGAAAGCGCUACGUUCUAUCGAGUGGGAUCUCGACGACCUCGAGGACACUAUUUAUAUCCUUUAUCCUUACAUUUUCUAUAUUGUCCUUAAUACCUAUGCACGUAUUGUUGAGAAGAACCCGACAAAAUUUAAGAUCGACAACAAGGAGCUUACUGUUCAACGCAGCUUUAUCGAGCAGGCACGAGAGGAAGUUAAGAUCAUGAAGGACAAAUUAAACCUCAGCAGAAGCCGAGAUCGUGACAGCACAGCAAGACAGCCGCUUUUAGAUAAUAGUCCUGCAAGAAUGCCGACCAAUCAUGGCACCACCAAGUACAGCAAGUUGGAAAAUGAAAUGGAUAGCCCAAACAGGCAAUUUCUCAGUGACACAUUACAGCAGCAAAAUUCCAUGAUGAGGCAACAAGACGAACAAUUAGACAUGAUUGGGGAGUCAGUUGGCACCUUGAAAACGGUAUCUAGGCAAAUCAACAGCGAGCUGGAUGAGCAAGCUGUAAUGCUGGAUGAAUUUGGGAAUGAGUUGGAGACAACAGAUUCCAAGUUGGAUGCCACUAUGAAGAAGAUGGCCAAGGUGCUACACAUGAGUAAUGGUAACUAUAAUAAUUAUGUUCCCGCCCCUACUACACCCUCGGCCUCCAGUAGUAUGGCCGAUCUAAUCGCCUCUGAUAACAAGCCCUCCUCUCUUUCCUCUCUGUCCACUACAAUCGCCAACUGUUUCCUGUGUUCCAGGGAUUAAUUCUCUUGGAUCCUUAAUUUGACAACAUCAAUGAGAAGUAUUGUAAUGACAUUUUUGAAUAUUCUCAGUCAAAAUCAUUUUCUAAUGUUAUUUCAUUGACAUUUAUACUCGAAGAAGAUACAGAUUAAAAAUAUAUAAAUAAAAUGCUAAAUAUAUAAAUUAUUAAAAUACAUACAUGCAAAGUUUAUAAAUAAAAAGUGUAAGAAAAAAGAUAAAUAACUUCAUGGAAAGGAGAAGCUUUACAGCUUUACAGCUGCAAUAUUUUUUAUUGGUGUUGUUGAAUCAAUCUUUAACUAUAUGAUUGUUCUUUAGAUAAUUGUAUAGCUAAAAAGAUGGUGGUUGUUUAAAAUCUGGAGAGUACACUUUAUUUUGCAGAUUUGUAGUGCAAAUUUGCAUUUUGUGUAUCAGCGCAAA